UCCCGGAAGUGUUGGGGCUUUGUCGUAAGGUUUUCAAGCCAAAAUAUAAAAGCGGAUUACGUCAGCGUCCAGUCGUCCAGUUGCGUGCAGAUCGGUCGACCCUCACGGUGAUUGACAUGUUGCCAGUGCUGGUGGUCCACGGAGGGGCGGGUCAUAUCCCAAAGGAGCGGUCAGAGAAGUCCACUUCGGGGGUGUGCUCAGCAGCCCGAGCAGGGUAUGUUAUACUCCAGGGAGGGGGCAGCAGCAUGGACGCUGUGGUAGAGGCUGUGACCCAGCUGGAGAAUAACCCCGCCUUUAAUGCAGGGUGUGGGUCAGUGCUGAACAUCAAAGGAGAGGUGGAGAUGGAUGCCAUCGUGAUGGAUGGGAAAACACUGGGUAGUGGUGCCGUGUCUGCCGUACGCAACAUAGCCAACCCUAUCCAGCUAGCAAGACUGGUUAUGGACAAGACGACUCAUGCAUGUCUGACAGCAGAGGGUGCCAGUCAGUUCGCCCGUGCCAUGGGUGUCCCUGAGGUACCCCAAGAGUCCCUGAUCACUGAGUACUCUCGCAUGCGCUGGAAGAAGAACCUGGCACCUGACGCCAACCCUGUGGAGUGCCAUAUGGGAAAGAUGGGCACCGUUGGAGCAGUGGCAGUGGAUAGUGAAGGCAACAUAGCCUGUGCGACCUCCACUGGUGGGAUGCUGAACAAGAUGGAGGGACGGGUGGGUGACACACCGUGCAUAGGUCAGUCAUCACACAUAAAGUUUAUAGAAUUAUAUGCCUUUUUAUAAAGUUUUGUUCAGUAGAAAACCAGUUGACUCUAGAAAAUGCAUUUAUAGCAGAAAAUGUGUGUGAAUGCUGACUGCUGAAAUAAAUUUCAAAGCACUGCCUAAAA